UUGAUGUGGUAGUCAUAGAUUACUGGAUAUAGUACAUUUAAUUUAUAAAACUUGUAAUUUGUCAAAUUAUUUACAAAUGUUACCAAUAAAUAGAAAUCGCGAUGACGUUUCAAAAUCAUUAUAGGUUACAGUAAAUAAUAUGCUUCCCGAUACCUAAUAUUGCGCAAUUAAUACUGCAUUAAAAAGCAUGCAAAGAUGUUUUCAAAGAAAAACGGACAGGAAAAAGACUACCAUGGUCAUAUUGAGAAUGAAGUAAAUAAAAACCCGAGGUUGUUCCAAAAAUACCGCAAUUACAUUAAAAAGUAUGGCUAUUUCAUUGUUCCAAUCCACUUUUUGACGUCUGCAUUAUGGUUGUUUUUAAUACAUACUAUGAUUAAUAGCAAUGUGAAAAUCCGUGAGACGGUGCAAAAAUGGACUAAGAAUGAUUCUCAAAUGAACGUACGAGGCAACGUUACGAAAGAAGUCGCAUUCAUAUUAGCCAUUUAUAAAUUAAUUAGUCCCAUAAGGUUUGGGAGCACCAUAUUAAUUACUCAUACUGUAGCAAAGUUGUUAAAGAAAAAAUAACAAUUAUUA